GUUGAAUUGAUAUUUCACUGAUACACAUCUCUCUCUCUCUCUCUCUCUCCCCAUCAUCGAUUUUGCUUUUGCGCACAAUAAUACAUACGCAAACUUUCACACAAACAUGUUACGUGCCUUUUGAUCCACAAUCCAUCCCAAAUUUCUCUGUCACAACAAUAAUCAUCCCACAUUGAUUUAAAAUUUCUUCCUUGGAAUCUCUAGGGUUUCCAUCGUCGAUCGAUUCUAGGGUUCUUUUCGGUUCGGCGGUGGAGAUGACUUAUCAUGUGAACGACGACGAGGUCGAUUGUGUGGUGCCGGAGUUGAAGCUUAGGGCUUUAGGCGACCAUGGCGAUUAUGUCAAACUCAAGGAUUCCGAUGAUUGCGUCUUGGAUGGCUUCGAUGGUGGUGGAACCCAACAACAUCCACCACCAUCUCCCAGAUUCAUUGGCAGAUGGUGGUGCUUUUGGUGGUGGGCGAAGAUGGUAGUUGUGUUGAUCUUCGUUGGGGUUUUGGCCGCUGUUUUUCUCAUCUGGGUUGGCCCCUUUUUAAUGGAUAAGGAAAUUAUCCCUUUAAUUAACUGGGAGAGACAAACAUUCCGCACACCAGUGCUAGCAGUUUUACUCUUUGCUUCUGUGGCACUUUUCCCUACUUUACUGCUUCCAUCUACACCCUCCAUGUGGGUGAUUGGUAUGACAUUUGGUUAUGGGUUUGGAUUUCUACUAAUCAUUGGUGGGGUGACUAUCGGCAUAUCUCUUCCAUAUUUCAUUGGUUCACUCUUCUAUAAUAAAAUUCAUGGUUGGUUAGAAAAAUAUCCGAAAAAAGCUUCCAUUAUAAGAUUAGCUGGUCAAGGAAAUUGGUUUAGUCAGUGUCGGGAUGUCGCGUUAAUCAGGAUUUCUCCAUUCCCAUACAUAAUAUACAAUUACUGUGCUGUAGCAACAAAUGUCAAGUAUUGGCCUUACUUGCUGGGGUCAUUGGUUGGGAUGGUGCCAGAAAUUUUUGUUGCAAUUUACACUGGUAUAUUAAUACGUACUUUGGCUGAUGCUUCACAAGAUCAACACUCCCUUUCAGCGUCACAGAUUAUUUUUAAUGUUCUUGGUUUCUGUGCAACCGUGGCUACAACAAUAAUAGUUACAAUGUAUGCAAAAAAACGUCUCAAGGAACUACACAAGGAGGAGGAGCUGCUACUGCAGUAAAGCUUUUGUUCUGGUUCUGAUUGGAGAAUCCUAUGCCAGCCAAACCAGGUCAGGUUUGCAGAUCUAAACAUGAUGAAUGGAUGGAGAGGGCUUUACUUAAAUCCACUCAAUGCUCAAGAUGAUUAUAUGUUUAUAUGGUGUCGCUGAACAUGUUGUGGAAGGUAGAAAGAUGAAGUGAAGACAAGGUUAGCAUGAUUGACAUCUACACUAACCUACUUCAUCUGAUUUUAAAAGAAAAAAGAAAAGAAAAUAAAUCUUUAUUAUGUUCUCAUUUCUCCCAUUUUUUAAAAUUAUCAUUGAGCUGUCACCUGUAUAUAUUUUAAAAUGCUUUAUAGGUUUAAUUGAACUCUUGUGAAAUUCUUUAGGCUUGGAACUGUAAAUCAACGUAACAAUGUCUUGGUUUGUGGGUUUCUGGACUUGUAAAUUUUGUCAUCCUCAUUGUUGAAGACUGCAUUUUGCUACUUAUAUAUAUGUAUAUGAUUAAUUCCUUACCUAAA